AUCAUACUAGAGAUCUAGAUCUAUUCUAUAUAAUAUAUUAGGUUUCAAUUUACUGUGAGUCUAGACGCCCUAGAAAAGAUCUAGAUCUGCCAUCUAGAUUACAGAAUAUAGAUUAGAUCUAGCCAAUCUAGAUUCUAUUCUAUUUUUUGAGACACUAUCUGAUAAAUUCUGAUUCGAGCCUCACAUGACACAUCUCAAUCCUGACAUACUCUGUCUCUGAUGUACUGAUUAUGAUAGUUAUUAACAGUACUUAUUAUCUUAUCAUUUAUGACAUACUCAUACUCAUACUGAUUUACUGUUCACAUAGGUCACAUAGAUGAUAGAUCUAUAAUUCCUGAUUCUGAUCAUCGUUAUGCCGAUGAUGUGUACUUAUCAUCUUAUGACAUACUCAUACUGAUACUGUUCACAUAGGUCACAUAGAUGAUAGAUCUAUAAUUCCUGAUUCUUAUCAUCGUUAUUAGAUCUAGCCAUUUCUAGCCAAUCUAGAUUCUAUUCUAUUUUUUGAGACACAAUCUGAUUCGAGCCUCACAUCUCAAUCCUGACAUACUGAUACUUAUCAUCUUGUCUUAUGACAUACUCAUACUCAUCAUACUGAUACUGUUCACAUAGGUCACAUAGAUGAUAGAUCUAUAAUUCCUGAUUCUGAUCAUCGUUAUACCGAUGAUGUGUAGUUAGACUUUAUAGUCCUUUAGAAUAGAAAAGAUCGAAGUGUUGAGCCGUUAUUCUACAAAUCAUCGAUUUAAUUAUUAAUAAUAAUAUCUAUGCUUUAGGUCUAGAUCUAUAGUAUAUAUUUAAUUAUAAUAUUAAAUAUAAGAUCUAAUAACUUAAUGCUGACGUACCAUCAAGCAUCAUUUGCAAAGUAGCAAUGGAUACCAAAGAAAAAUUUUUGGAUCCAAGGAAGAUUAUUCUUGUGAAUGUACCUCUGUCCUAUAAUGCUGAGCACAUCAAAGAUUAUGUGGAAGGUACUUUGGAUAUAGGCGUUGUGGAAAUAAAAAUUUACCCAUUCAUUCCAGGAAGAGCACUUGUUGUUUUAGAAGAAGAAUUGACAGAUUUCCAGGGUGCUUCUGAAGCAUUUCAAUCUGAACAGCUCGAAGGACAAGAAAUAUUGCUUCUUCCAACCAAAAGGGAAACUGCUAUCUUUGUAUCUGACAUUGACAUGCAUAUAUUAAAAAAAAAAUUCUUAUUAGCAUAUUUGGAAGAGAACUUUGCAGAGGAAGUUGGAGUUAUAAAAUCUAGUAAAUGUUGGCCAGACUAUAAUGUUGCUGUUGUUCACUUUAACUCAAAAUAUAAAGAAGUUGUGGAUGCUAUCUUGAAACAGACAGACCAUAUUCCCUUGCGUUCAGAAAAUUAUCACAUUACCAUUGAACCAUUCUACAGUAACUUUCAUAAAUUUAUUGGUAAGGACCUAGUUAAUUCCUUAAGGAUACCACGACAAAAAACUGACUUGAGGAAUUUGUCAAAAGAUGAAGAUCAAGCCUCACUAGAUGGCAGUAGUUGUAGUGACAGUGAUACCAAACUGGGCUCAGACUCAGACAGCCUCUCUGACGAUGAAGACUUAGAUCAGCUGACUUCAGGAACUGAGAGCAGUAACUCUGAUGAUAAUGUUGACACAAGCCUCAGUGAGGAUCAAGAAGAUCAUGAGAGCAACAAUGAAAGUGAUGAAGAAGAAAAUAGCUCCGAAUCUGAGACUGACCCAUCGGAUGACAGUAGUGACACUAGAAAGACAAAUAGCAGAGGGAGUGGUACCUUAAGAGGCAAUACAAGUAAACAGCAAGGCAUUUUAAACAAAAAUAAAGGCAUGAAAACAAAUAUUCUAGAUACUAAAACAAGUGAAAGAAGAUCAAAUAUAUUUAGAGGCAGAGGGGGUUUUGCAAUGAGAAAUCGUGGCAGCAAAGUAAAAAUUGGAACAGCUAAAAAGGAUGUUGACAAUGAAAUAGAUGAAAGACAAUCAUGCAAAGACAGUGAUCUACUAAAAUCAAAAUCUUGUUUGAAUGAUGAAAGGGGUAACAUGAAAAGAAAUCCUGAUGAAGUUAAAAAAAGAAGUGCCAGUCAAUCGUCAUCAACUUUAACAAAUGAUAAUACCUCGGCUAAUUUGCCAUUUUCAUCUUUGCUUCAAAGAAGGGGAUCUGAUAUUGAUAUGCUUAAUAAGACAGGUCGACCUGGAAAAUUCAUUUGGAAUAACAUUGAGCCCAAUAAUUCAGAUCUAUCUAUUUCUAAAAGUGAACUUAGUUACCAGAAACCAGAACCUGAGAAACGAGCUGAAAGUAGCCCUCUUAAAAAGUUUCAAUCUUUUUCCACCAAUACAUCUUCUGGGGACAGUUAUACCAUAAAAAAAUUAGGUCAGAAGUUGACAAGGAACAAAAAACUUACUGAAAUCUAUUCAGAAGACAUUGCUGAACUGGAAGAAGACCUAAAGAAAUUGAGUGAAGAAAAUGCUCGGUUAAAAGAAAAACCAAAAGAAUUUGUCACAAAGUUUCCCAUGUCAUCACUUCAAGCUAAGUUCCUUCAACCAUAUUUUCAUACAUCUCAGAGUGAGUGCAUAGUCCAUUAUUCAAGUGAUGAAAAAGCAGCUGUUAUUACAGGCCCAGAGAAUCUAGCCAAAGAAUUUCAGCUAAUUCUUAUGAAAGAAUUGAGAAACAUCAAGGAAGACACAAUUAAGAUUUCCAAAGAGAUGCAGUCUAUUUUAAUCAGAGAAAAGGGGAAAAAUUUCUUGAUGAAUUUAGACCUUGGUGGAGCACUUUGUGCAGUUGAAGAUGAAGUUGUGAAUGUGACUGCUAGGGGUGAGCAAGUUUUGUCAAAAGCUGUGCAAAUGUUAAAUUCUCACCUAGACAGUGAGGAGAGCUCAAUAUCAGAUGUGGACAUCCCUCCUGAAAAAUUUGACCUUCUUAAGUUGAAACUUGAAUAUGAGCUCCUUGUCCAAGUCAGUUUAAAAGAUAGGGAAAUCAGGGUUGUUGGUGUCAAAGAUGAUGUCUUGAUUGCCAUGAGGGAUGUGAAAGAUUUAUUUGAGGAAAUAGGACAUUAUGAAAAAUGUUUUGAAGUGGAUGAAUCAGAGGCUAAAUUUUUUCAUCAGUGCUUGGAAGAGAAAAUUUGUUCAGCUUUAAAACAAGUUGAAAUAAUAGAGCAACUUAUGACAGACACAAAGAUACUACUAAAAUUUAAAGGCCCAAAAAAUUAUGUCCAGGAAGCUUAUCAGAGUCUUCAAGAUUUAAAAAGUAAUGUUAAAACAUCAAAGUGGAAUUUGAAGGAAGACUUCCUAGACCAUGAGCUUUAUAUUAUUGCUAAAACUCAUGCAACUGACAAGAGAAAGCUUGAAUUUUUUGACUACAAAGAUAAAUAUCUUUUUACUUUUCAUUUACCUGAUGAUUCAAGUGCUUUAAGUUCACAUUAUAGCCAAACUGAUUCAUCAGAAGAUGUAGUUAAGCUCUCUGCCCCUGAGACAGACAUCACAGUAAAUAUGGGUAGUAAUAGUAAAUUAAUUGUUAAAUCUGAAGGGAACAUCACCAGAGAGAAAUCAGAUGUUCUAGUUUCACUUCUUGGGCCUGAACAUGACAUGAGAAAAACAGCAGUGGGAAAAGCUUUUCUUAGUGUGUGCCCUCAGCACUAUAAAAACCUGGCUGAGUGCCUUGAUUCAAAUCCUGAUGCUAAGGUUUUAACUGUUAAAAACCCUGGCAGACUUAAGUGUCUUGCUAUAUGUCAUAUAGUAUUAACCAGGUGGAACAAUAAGGAAUCAGUUAAUUCAGAAAGUCAUCUAAGAGAAGUAUUAAAGAGUGUCUUGAGUGAAGCUAGAACUUUAGGGGCCAAAUCCAUUUCUUUUCCAGUUGUAGGCUGUGGUCGAGCUUUUAGAUUUCCUCCUUCCAUAGUAUCGAAAGUUUUCUUAGAAAGUCUUAGAGAUGAAAAGGUCGACACAUUCCUGGAAAAGGUCAUCAUUUUAGCAUCAGAUGAGGACUUAUUUGAUGAGUUAACAACAGAUGCACCUGAUUUUUUCAAAACCAAAUCAAUUACUGAUCAGACAGAAGAAGAUCAAGAUGAUGAAGGUAGUGAUGAUGAUGAAUCAAGCAGUGAUGAGGAAGUUGAAGAAAUCACUUACCCAAUAGAUAUCAAGAAUGCCAACAAAUCCCAGAUGAUUAUUUUCACUUUAUCCAAAGAUGUGGUGGAUGAUCUUAAAGAGGAAAAAAAGAAACUAAUAAGAGAACAAUUGCUGUAUGAGAAAACAUAUGAGCAAGAUAAGCUUCAACGUUGGGCUUCAACUUCAUGGGGAAAAAUUAUCAAAGAAUCUGUGAAGAACAAUGUAUGGGUAGCACAGGAACUAAACCCAGACACUAAAAAUGUUCAAUUUCAAUUAAAAGGUCAAAAAGAAGGAGUGCUGCAAGUAUAUAAUUUCAUUCAUCAAGAAUUUUGUGAGCUUGCCAGGUCUGCACCUAAGAAGCAACUUAUAGCGCCUAAAAGAGGUACAAUAGAUUACUUAAAGUUUGCUAUUGAAACUGAUGAACGUUUUCCAUCUUACUGGAAUCUUUGUAAGAAUAAGAAAUAUUUGAAGAAAUUAAAGGAAGGGAAAGCAUUAGAGCCCCAGGAGUUUAAUGUUCUAGUUGAUGUUGAUCAAGAAACCAAAGAUGCUAUUACAAAUCUAGUUCUUCAAACCAUGGAGCCUGGUCGUAUUGGUCAUGGAGCUGAUGCACAAGGCAUUAGAUACUCAACUCUACAAGUUACACGUGUUCAGAGGGUAGAAAACCCAGAGUUGUUUGAUAAUUACAAAAUAGAAAGAGACAGGCUUUUAAAAAAAAUGAUUCAAAUGGGCACUGUGUGUCAAAAUAUUGGACAACUUGCUGGUUCAAAUGGAGAUGUGGCUACUGCACCUUAUAUCUCACAGAAAAUCAAAGAUGAACUUUUUCAUGAAAUCAAUGAACAUUAUUUAUUUCAUGGAGCUAAAUCAGAGUUCAUACCAACUCUUGUAAACAGCGGUCUGGAUCCAAGAGUUUCAAAUGACAUGUGCAUGUUUGGAAAAGGUAUUUAUACUGCUGAAAAAUCAACUAAAGCUGAUCAAUAUGCAGAUGCCAGAAAUCAGCGUUUUCCAAAUGGUACCCAAUUAAAUAUGAUACUGACUCGAUUACUAUUAGGAAAUGUUUUUCUUUGUGAUGGUAGUCAUAAGUCUGUACAGAGUAAAGAUAGCAAAAAACUAAGCAGACCUCCAUGCAUGCAUUGUCAAGAAGACAAAUGUUCCUGUAAGAACCAAACAUUGUAUGACUCUGUGAUGGGAGAUGGGCAUUGGAUUUUUAGAGAGUUUGUUGUUUAUCACAGAACCCAAUGUUAUCCAGAGUAUGUCAUCACUUACCAAAGAGUUUAGCUAGACAUGUAUUAGUUUCUCUCAGAUGUAAUCUGAGCAUUGUUUUGUGUGCAUAAAGUUUCCUUGCAUAAAAGUAAUGUUUAUUUAUGGAUGAUAAAGAUCAUUAUCAUGAUAGAUAUUUUUAUUUUUCUUGUUUAGGUUUGAAAAUGGCUUCAAUAGCUUAUAUUUGUUAUACAUAAUUGUUUAUUUAUUUCUUUUUAAAGUCUUCACUCAUUAAAUCCAUGCUCAAUUUCAGUAAAUGUAAAUAAAGCAACUUAUGUCCCAAAAAUGAGUGUAGAUAACACAUUUUGUAUACAAAUAGUUUUUGGAAUAAGAAUUUUUCAAUUAACUGUUUUGAAUUUUAAAUAUACUAUCUCUUUAGUUCUGCCUGAAAAAGUAUUCAUUGACUAAUGAGAAAAAAAAACUUGUAAGGUAAUGUCCAAGAUUCACAAGUCACAUUGUGUUUCCGCACAGAUGUGCUAUCAAUAAUUUUUUAUUUUUUUUUCAAAAUCACAUCCUCUAAAGUUUGGAGGAAAAUUUACAAUGCAAAUGUUUAUACAUUACUUAAAAAUGUGGAUCAUAUUUUGUUUUUAGUUAUUUUUUUCUCACAUAAACUUUUAGCAGAAAUUUGUUAUUGAAAUUACUGAUAGUGUAUUUGACAUGCAUGUAUAAGAAAAUAGUGGGUGAUAAUUCAUUUUACUGCAUGGUUGUAUUGUAUGCUCUUCAAGUUUGAACCCUUCCCAUGUCCAUGGCCUGCUGUCCUGCAGAAAGUUUGGACUAGGACAAAAAAAUCUUAUUAAUUUCUGAAGGAUUGUCCUAAACUUACAAAACAAAAUAUUUUAAAAUAAUUCCAUAAAACAAAACAAAAAUCAUUGUUGUUGAUAUCAUUUAAUAAAUGAAAUAUGAACAUUUUAAAAUAUUGUUACAAAACUUGAUAUGCUUAUUAAAACUUCAUAUGCUUAUUAAAACUUGAUAUACUUGAAUUGAACUAUUAGAAGAAAAAAUUUGGGAUGUGAUAGUUUUAUUGUUCAUUUGUAUUGAAAUAUGUUUGUGUUUUAAGAAACAUUAAAUAAAAUGAGUUUACAGAUGU